CCGCAUGAGUAUAUCGCUGAGUCUGUUAAAAAUUUAACUAUUUCCCGAUAAUUAUUAGUGAAAAAUGAAGGUGAAAGCGGCCGAAAAGAAAUCAAAACCUAAGGCCAACAAGCGAAAUGAGAAAACAGCCAAGAAGCGAAAACUGGAAGAAAUAGAUGCCUCUUCGGAGGAUGAAGGGAUAGAGCUGAAAGAUACCAGAACGUCGGAUGAACCAGUACCUAAAAAGACUAAAUGGAUCAACAAGCAGCGUGUGUUGGUAUUAUGCGCCCGUGGUAUCAAUCAUCGCGAUCGUCACCUGAUGAAGGAUUUGAAGUCGUUGAUGCCUCACCAUCGUUCAGAACCGAAGAUGGAACGCUGGAAGACGCUUUCGGUGGUGAACGAGAUGAGCGAAAUGAAACAUUGCAAUAAGGUGGUACUUUUCGAGGGACGUCGAAAACGGGAUUUAUAUAUGUGGCUGGCAAAUGUUAAAGAGGGACCGUCGGUGAAAUUUUUAAUUGAAAACGUUAACACCAUGGGAGAAAUGAAGCUAACGGGAAACUGUUUACGCGGAUCUCGUCCGAUACUUUCUUUCGAUCAGGAAUUCACUAAGCAGCCACACUUGGCUGUAAUUAAGGAAUUGCUGACGCAAAUAUUUGGCGUUCCGAACCACCAUCCGAAGAGUCAACCGUUUAUUGACCGAGUGAUUAGCUUCACAUGUUUGGAUAACCGCAUCUGGUAUCGUCAUUUUCAGGUCCUAUCCGAGGAUGGUGGACUAGCGGAAAUCGGUCCUCGAUUUGUGCUAAAUCCGAUUCGUAUUUUUGAAGGUUCCUUCUGCGGUAAUCCGAUCUGGGAGAAUCCGACCUAUCAGAGCCCAGCGAAACACCGGCAGUUGCUGCGAAAGGCUGCUAAAGACAAGUAUUUGAACAAGCAAAAGCAAAAGAUUGAUAAUGUGGUAAAUGCGCCUAAACAUACCCAUGAUUUCGAUCCUCAUGCUGAUGUUUUCCAAGGAGAUGUUCAUAAGAAGGCACAAGAAUUGGUUUCGAAGGACAAUCAAAUUAAAGCAAAGGAAGCCAAACGAAAGGCGAUUGAAGAGCAGCAUGCUCGUAUGAGCAAGAAGGAAGAAAUGAAAAAGCUGAAGAAGCUGGCCCAGACAAAAAAGGUAAAUAAGGUACAGAAUAAAAAGAGCAAACCAAGCAAGGUAAAUUCGAAAAAAGCAAAAAGCAAUAGUAAGAGCAAAUCUAGCGCUCAGGAAUGUGAAUAAGAGCCGGUUUCAGAACACUUCUAAUUUGCUUUCA